AUGAGGCAGGUGUGCUCCUCUCUGCUGCAGGACAGAGGGAUGGUCACCCUCCGCUGGGAGAAGAAGGCCUUCUCUCAGGGGGGAGCCAAGUGGACGGUGACACAGAAGGUCUGGCAGUUUAGCACUCUGUUCUCUCCUGUGGACUCCUGGCGCUUCAGAGACGCUCCGUCCAUCUCGGAGCAUCUAAAGGUGUGUCCCUACAACGAGAAGGACAACAAGACGGAGAGGAUUCGCCUGCUGCGCGUCCGAGAAGACGUCAAGACAAACAGGAGCUGCAAAGGCCCCACACUGGUCGAUAUGUUCCAGCAGAAGAGGAGGAUCAUGAUGUAG